AUGCUGUAUGCGUCGGCAUUUGCGGCCUCGAUAGAUCGCCAAUACUGCGGGGCGUGCGAUGCUGCAUCUGUCGGGACAAUCUUGCUGCAGGUGUCAGCUCAGCAGGCCCGUCUCGACAGGGCUCGCCUGCUUGCAGCGACAGGGCUGCAGACUGUGCUGCCUUCGGACUGCCCACCCGUGACCGAAUGCUACACACCAAGCCGCGUUUAUCGACACGACAAAUAUUUACGACGGCCCACCUGGCUGUCGACGGUGCGUUCCAUCGCCCAAAGGCACGUAGCAACGCAUCGUCGGCACAGCAGCACCAGGUCGGCACAACAGCAUCGCAUCGUGGUGCACAUCCGCCGCGGAGACGUCAACCCACAUUCCCACCCGGAGCGCUAUCUUCCGAACAGCUACUACUUGGAGCACAUCCAGAAGUAUCGUCGCAACACCAGCGAGGUGAUCAUCUUCAGUGAAGCAGUCUCGCACGAGCGGUUCGACGCGUUUCUCAGCCUUGGAUACGACCUGAGGCUCGACACGUUAACCCAAGAGGUGUGGCAACACGCCAUCGACUGCGACGUAUUCAUCAUGUCGAUGUCGUCCUUUUCGUACGUCCCCGCGACGCUGAGCCGAGCAACGGUGGUAGUGUACCAUCCAUUCUGGCAUGCUCCGUUGGAUGGCUGGACAACGCCUGCUGGUCAUUUCGAGGCAUUCGCAGAGGACGCUGGCUACAUGGGAAGGCUUCGUGAAGGAGGGACUGACAAGCAUUCGAAAAAAAAGAGGCGACGGGAGGAACCGGCAGAGGAUGUAGUGACGUGA